GGCAAGCGUUGCCAGCCCCGCCGCACUUAGGCCCUUUCCUUUCGUAACCGCUUUCCCAGCUAAGUAGCUUGACACGGGGCAGGAUGCACCCUACGCGGAGGAUAAUGAGCAACAGUCAAUAUAUAUGAGACUAUGGGGCAACGCACGAAUUUAGUACCGUAAAUAGACGGUCUAUCGGAGAAGGGCAGUGGCGUGUUCUGUAGAAGGGCAGUGACGCUGCAAAGCGAAGAUCACCGAUAGGUGGCUGGGCGAAGGGUGGUGGGCACGGACAAGGUAAUUUCCACAGCUGCCGUAAGCCUUAUUUAAGAAGUUGGAGUAAACUCGGACCGUGCCGAAUUGUUACCCCUAUUUAUAGAGGGUCGUCCCUACUACCCUGACCCACCUUGGAUGGAGGAGGAACUCUUUUCUUGGGAGUAAUAACCCAAAGCUUUAAACCACGCUCUAUUUUGCUGGAUCUACAGGAAAACCCCCGUGGCCAUCAUUUCUCACAUGGAUGUGGUUCUCCAACGCGUGGGUUCUAGGUAGGGUGUGGGCAGCGCCGUUUUGCCUCGGCACUAUAGCGAAGAACAGUAACCCGAACCGGAUUUCCGCAUUUCCGGUUCGGAUUACCUCUUUGUUUUUGUCUUAUUCCCACUCCUUAUCAGUAUUAUUAAAUUUGUGUCUCUCUCUCUUCAGUUAUUCUCUUGAGUAAGUAUGAGGUCACAGUUUCGCGUCGCCGUCGCGCUUCUCUACAGCGGGGUUGCCGUCGCGACGACGACCCCCAGGGUGGCCGAUACAAAACAAGACGUGACGUAUACGGGGUUAGAGCGCAAUGGCAUCGAGGUCUUCCUCAACAUCCCCUACGGCCAGGACACGGGCGGCGCCAACAGGUUCAAGCCACCGAAGUCGUAUGUCGCUGCCGCCGGGAGCACAAUCGAGGCUAAGUCAUAUGGCCCUUCUUGCCCGCAGCAGCUUGGAAACUGGACCCCUCCAAUCUCGCUGGGCAACAUUACGAAUAUCUCUGAGGACUGUCUGAACCUCAAUAUAGCUAGGCCGAAGGGAGCCUGUGCAGGCGACAAGCUGCCCGUCAUGGUGUACAUUCACGGCGGCAGUUUCUGGACAGGAGACAACCACGACCCUACUAUCUUGCCAGAUGGAAUGAUUUUGGAGUCGGAGAAAAAUGGGCUGCCAAUCAUCCAUGUUGCUUUGAACUACCGGCUGGGAUUCUUCGGGUUUGCACAAUCCGAUGCCCUCGAGUCCGAGGGCUCUGAGAAUGCCGGGCUUCGUGACCAGCGACUCGCGAUUGAGUGGGUUCGAGAUAACAUUGGGCAUUUUGGCGGUGACGGAAAUAAGAUCACCAUCUUCGGGCAGUCCUCUGGCGGUCUGUCAAUUGGAAUGCAGAUAAUGGCCUAUGGAGGAAGCAAGCCCGUGCCAUUCCAGCAAGGAAUAUGCCAAAGCCAAGCGCUGGAGCCCGGAAUCACUGGCAACUUUACCAUUGACGCCAUGCGCCUUUUAGUUGACUACGUAGGAUGCAACACGACAGACCUACACUCCGCCGAGACGGUGGCGUGCCUCCGUGAUUUCGACACACAGACGCUCCUCUCAGCGUCGCUGGACACAUAUGUCGCAGACAUGGCCCACAACAUUGGCGACAUCUGGCUGCCCGUUGUGGACGGCGAUUUCCUCCCAGUGGCGCCCUCGCAGCUCAUCCGCGAGCACCGUUUCGCCAAAGUGACCACCAUGAUUGGGUGGUGCGAUGCCGAUGUCACUUUCUUCACUGACACCACCAUCACAACCCCAGCCGACACCCGCGCCUUCAUCUCGUCCUACGUCCCAGGCGUGACACCCGCGAGUAUCGAGCAUCUCCUCUUUCUCUACCCCGUCUCAGACUUCACCGCGGACCCAGCCAUCACGGAUCUCUCGAGCGAAUUCUUCCGCGCUGCACGCAUCUUCCGCGAUAUCCUCAUGACGUGCCAGCCGAUGUGGUACGGAGAGCACAUUGCCGCUGCCGGAAACGACGUUUACCUGUACAACUGGAACCAAACGAUCCUGGACCCGGUUCUGGAGUCUAUCACAAACGAGACUGGGUUCGGGCCGAUCCACACCUCGGAGUUUGCGUACAUCUUUGGAAACCUGUCGCACUACGACAUCAAUGGGUACCCGUUUAACCCAGCCCCUGAGGACUAUGAGCUGCGAGACAGGGGAUCGAGGUCUUGGUCGACGUUUGCGAGUGUUGGAAAGCCUGGAGUGAAGGGGCGGGAUACGUUCCAGGGCGUUGGGAAGGCGUUUCCCAGUGGUGGGCAUGAGUUGUAUGUUUUCGUUGCUGGGGGACCGCAUGAGGGACUGUCGGCGAUAGAUGGCCCGAACUCGACGGAGGUCCUGCGGGAGCAGAAGUUGAGAGAGAGAUGCGAGUUUAUCAACUCACCCGCGAUGAUUGAGCAGCUGGGGUACUAGAAGUUCUAGUUGUAGGCUUUCAGUAACACCCCCACCUCAAUCCGCUAUCAUAAUCCUCCCCCAUAAUUCCCGCCUCCAUGUAAUUGCGUAUUCGCCCCUCAAUAUCCAGGAAGAAAAAUCCUCAAUGUAAAUGACAAAGCCCUAGCUGCUGAUAAAUUCGGGCUUUCGGUGUAGAGGCAUGGGUGUUCCGGGUCGGUCCGUGCUCCCCGAAGGGGUGGUUCAAACUUCAAACUUUAUAUAACAAACCACACGGUUAUUUAUAGCGAUUU